AGAGUUGGGCAGCCAGGGAGGGCGGCUGUGGGGCUAUAAGCAGGCCUGGUGCCCACCCUGGAAGUGCAAGUUUGAGCAAGGAAGAGACAGCGCUGGAACCCAUGGACACAUCGUACCCCCGUGAAGAUCCCCGGACCCUGACUUCCCACAAGGCUGAUGGUGCUGCCGACACGGCCCUCACACUGGGACCUCCCUGCCCCAAGCCUCGGGACCAUUUGCUCUGGUCCAUCUUCAGCACAAUCUACCUAAACCUAUGCUGCCUUGGUUUCCUGGCAUUAGUGCACUCUGUCAAGGCCCGAGAUCAGAAGGUGGCCGGGGACCUGGAGGCUGCACGACGUUAUGGAUCCAAAGCCAAAUGCUACAACAUCCUGGCUGCCAUGUGGACACUGGUGCCCCCACUGCUGCUCCUUGGGCUAGUGGUGACUGGAGCCCUGCACCUGUCUCAGCUGGCCAAGGGCUCCGCAGCCUUCUUCACUACCAAGUUCGAUGAUGGAGACUAUGACUGACAGGCUGAGUCCUAACCCUGUCCUAACUUGAG